AUGAAUAGUCAACAAAAUAAAUUACCACAACAACCACAACAACCACCAAGUUCAAUUGUUGACGACGAUAAUUGGAAAUCACAAUUAAAAUUACCACCAAGAGAUGAAAGAAGACAAACAGAAGAUGUUACAGCAACAGAAGGUAAUGAUUUUGAUGAUUUACAUUUGAAGAGAGAUUUACUUAGAGGUAUUUUUGAGAAAGGAUAUGUAAAGCCAUCACCAAUUCAAGAGAAGGCAAUUCCAAUUGCAUUAGCAGGUAGAGAUAUUAUGGCACGUGCAAAGAAUGGUACAGGUAAGACAGCAUCAUUUUUAAUUCCAGCAUUAGAGAAAACAGAUCCAACCAAGGAUGUCAUUCAAGUAUUGAUAUUGGUACCAACCAGAGAGUUGGCCUUACAAACCAGUCAAGUAUGUAAGGAGUUGGGUAAAUAUAUGAACGUUCAAGUUAUGGCAUCCACUGGUGGUACAUCUCUCAAGGAUGAUAUUAUGCGUUUGUAUAAUCCAGUACAUAUUUUAGUGGCCACUCCAGGAAGAGUUCUUGAUUUGGCUCAAAAGAAUGUUGCAAAUCUCUCCAAUUGUCACACAAUGAUCAUGGAUGAAGCCGAUAAACUAUUGUCACAAGAAUUCCAACCAUUGGUAGAACAAUUGAUCAAUUUCCUCCCACAACAACGUCAAAUCCUCUUGUUUUCUGCCACUUUUCCCGUCACUGUAAAGAGUUUCAAAGAACACUACCUUCAACAAGCCUUUGAAAUCAAUCUUAUGGAAGAGUUGACCUUGAAAGGUGUCACCCAAUAUUACGCCUUUGUCGAGGAACGUCAAAAGAUUCAUUGUCUCAAUACUCUCUUCUCAAAGUUACAAAUCAAUCAAUCCAUCAUCUUUUGUAACUCUGUCAAUCGUGUAGAGUUAUUGGCAAAGAAAAUCACUGAACUCGGUUACAGUUGUUUCUUUAUUCAUGCUAAAAUGGUUCAAGCUCAUCGUAAUCGUGUUUUCCAUGACUUUAGAAAUGGCGCUUGUCGUAAUCUCGUCUCCUCUGAUCUCUUCACUCGUGGUAUCGAUAUUCAAGACGUUAAUGUUGUCAUCAAUUUCGAUUUCCCAAAACAUUCUGAAACUUAUCUCCAUCGUAUUGGUCGUUCAGGUCGUUUCGGUCAUCUCGGUUUAGCCAUUAAUCUCAUCACCUAUGAAGAUCGUUUCUCACUCUACAAAAUUGAACAAGAAUUAGGUACUGAAAUUAAACCAAUUCCACCAGUUAUUGAUAAAUCUUUAUAUGCUGCUUAA